UUAAACCGCGCCCCGGAAGGACGCGCCGGCCGGGCUGAGGCGGCGGCGGCAGUAGUAGCAGCGGCCGCCGAAGGCGAAUCCCAAAGGAGGCGGUGGCGGCGGCGCUUGGGUGGCUGGCUGGCUUCCCCGGGCCAUGGGGAAGGAGCAGGAGCUGCUGGAGGCCUCCCGCACGGGGAACCUGCCCGCCGUGGAGAAGCUGCUCUCGGGGAAGCGCCUCAGUUCGGGCUUCGGCUCUGGAGGAGGAGGCUCAGGCGGCGGCGGAGGGUCCUCGGGGGGCGGCGGAGGAGGAGGAAGCGGCGGGGGCGGGCACCCGCUUUCGAGUCUCCUCAGUAUAUGGAGAGGACCAAAUGUGAACUGUGUUGACAGUACUGGAUACACUCCAUUGCACCAUGCUGCUUUGAAUGGUCACAAGGAUGUUGUGGAGGUUCUGUUGAGGAAUGAUGCAUUAACCAAUGUGGCUGAUUGCAAAGGCUGCUAUCCUCUUCAUUUGGCAGCUUGGAAGGGAGACGCUGAGAUAGUGAAGCUGCUAAUACACCAGGGACCGUCCCAUACAAAAGUGAAUGAGCAGAAUGCUCUUGAGAUCAAAGAACUCAAAAAGUACGGCCCCUUUGACCCUUAUAUCAAUGCCAAGAAUAACGACAAUGAGACGGCACUGCACUGUGCAGCUCAGUAUGGACAUACAGAGGUGGUGAAAGUUCUCCUGGAGGAGUUGACUGACCCUACAAUGCGCAAUAACAAGUUUGAGACUCCUCUUGAUUUGGCUGCACUCUACGGCAGAUUGGAAGUGGUGAAGAUGCUGCUGAAUGCUCAUCCCAAUCUAUUAAGCUGCAAUACUAAGAAACAUACACCCUUACAUCUAGCGGCUAGAAAUGGUCAUAAAGCUGUAGUUCAUGUUCUUCUGGAUGCAGGCAUGGAUAAUAAUUAUCAGACAGAAAAAGGCAGUGCUUUGCACGAAGCAGCUUUGUUUGGCAAAACAGAUGUGGUCCAGAUAUUGUUAGCGGCAGGCAUUGAUGUGAAUAUCAAGGAUAACAGAGGCUUGACUGCUUUGGAAAUUGUGAGAGAGCUCCCAUCACAGAAAAGCCAACAAAUAGCAAGUCUCAUUGAAGAGAGCACAACAGGGAAAAAAGCAAAUAAAGUGGAAGAGAAGAGCACAUCAGGAUCAUCUACUUCUACUGAAACCUUAGUUCAGUUAUCCCAAGGAAAUGUGGAAAAAGCAGUGACAGAACUGAUCAUAGAUUUUGACGGAAAGCCAGAGGAGUGUCCAUAUGAAGUCUUGUACAAUGCAACAUCUUGCCAUUCUUUGGACAGCCUGGCCAGUGGAAGAUCUUCAGACAGAGACUCAGUGAACAGGGAAGCGGAGAUGACCAAUGUUAGAGUGAGGCCUAGAGAACGCCCACCUCCUCCUGCUAAGCCUCCCCCUGAUGAAGAGGAAGAACACACAGAAAAGAAGCAGAGUGCAUCUUCAAAAGGCAUGAUCACCAAAAGAAAGAGUCGAGGAAGCACAGCUGAUGAAGAAGAGGAGCAUCCUUAUGAGUUGCUCCUAACAGCGGAAACUAAGAAACAUACUGUAGUAGAUAAAAAAACAAAAGGUGAAUCAUCAUCAGGUGUUGCUGCUGGUGUCCAGCCACAGGCUUGGCCACGAAAAGGUCCAUCUUCUCAAGAUGGCCAAUGGCCACUCAGUUGCCAAGCUUCUUCUGAGUUUUCUUCUAGCCAUUCUGAGCAAUAUUCAAGUCCUGACUUGCAAUUGGUGGAGAUACCAAAAGACCAAAGCAGGAGCAGCAAUAACCACAGCCAAACAGAUGAACAGGACGUCCCAGUACUGGAUCAGUUCUCAGGUCUGCUGCAUGGUUCUUCUCCGGUGUGUGAAAUAAAUGAGGACCCUUUCAGACUCAUUUCUGCUGUUGGCAAAGGAGGUACAGAGCGGACUGCUAUGCAGCUGGAAGAUGUUGAAACAUCUGAAUCAGUACAGACUAGCACUGCAGACCAAAAUAAAGUGGUCUAUUCAACCAUUCGUCAUAGCUGUGACAACAAGUUGGACCCUGAAAUUUUAGUGCAUCCUCAUUUGUCACAGCAUCCUGGUGGUACUGAGGACGGAGACAAGAGCGGUGUUGUGGGCAGAGUUCAUGUAGGAGGCAAGUCCAGAGCUGAACUCAAACUUAGCCGUAGCUUGUCAAAAUCAGACUCUGACCUUUUGACGACUUCACCAACAGAAGACGAUACUAUGGGGAGCAGAAGUGAAUCGCUUUCUAAUUGUACUGCUGGGAAAAAAAGGCUCGAGAAAUCACCUUCCUUUGCUUCAGAGUGGGAUGAGAUUGAGAAAAUCAUGAGUUCCAUUGGUGAAGGCAUUGACUUCUCUCAGGAACAACAAAGGAUGUCAGGUUCGCGGAUGCUGGAGCAGAGUGUUGGGGAGUGGCUGGAAUCCAUCGGUUUACAGCAGUAUGAGAGUAAACUGCUUCUUAAUGGUUUCGAUGAUGUCCGCUUCUUGGGCUGUAAUGUCAUGGAAGAUCAGGACCUUCGGGAAAUUGGUAUUAGUGACCCACAGCAUCGCAGAAAACUUCUACAGGCUGCGCGUUCCCUUCCUAAGGUGAAAUCCUUGGGCUGCGAUGGAACUCAGCCUUCGGUCCCUGCCUGGCUGGACUCCUUGGGGCUGCAGGACUACAUUCAAUCAUUCCUGUCAAGUGGCUAUAGCUCUAUAGACUCUGUGAAAAACCUCUGGGAACUAGAACUAGUAAAUGUGCUCAAGGUAAAUCUUCUCGGGCAUCGUAAACGCAUAAUAGCCUCUCUGGCAGACAGACCAUAUGAAGAACCCCCACAAAAGCCACCACGGUUUUCUCAGCUAAGGUGCCAGGAUUUGAUAUCCCAGACAUCCUCACCUCUGAGCCAAAGUGACUCUUACACUGGGAGGUCAGCAGAUCUCCUGCUUCCCUUGGGGGAUGCUGGAAAGAAGAGACAUGAGGGCAGCCAUGAUACUGUUUCUUACCCCAGAACAGAGAGACUCAAGGAGGAACGUCAUGAAUCCAAACUUAUGCUCAGACCCCCAAGUCUGGCUGCUCCUUAUGCCCCUGUUCAACAUUGGCAGCACCAGCCAGAGAAACUUAUAUUUGAGUCUUGUGGGUAUGAAGCCAAUUAUUUAGGAUCCAUGUUAAUCAAAGAUCUUCGAGGGACAGAAUCAACACAGGAUGCCUGUGCAAAAAUGAGGAAAUCUACAGAACAUAUGAAGAAGAUCCCAACAAUAAUAUUAUCUAUCACUUACAAAGGAGUGAAGUUCAUAGAUGCCUCUAACAAGAAUGUUAUUGCUGAACAUGAAAUCCGGAACAUUUCCUGUGCUGCUCAAGACCCAGAGGAUCUCUGUACAUUUGCAUAUAUCACCAAGGACUUGCAGACUAGCCACCACUACUGUCAUGUAUUCAGUACCAUUGAUGUGAAUCUAACAUAUGAAAUCAUUUUGACACUGGGGCAAGCGUUUGAAGUAGCCUACCAGCUGGCUCUCCAAGCUCAAAAGUCAAAACCUCCAGGUGCUCUGACAGCUGAAACGAUAGAAACAAAAUCUUCUAAACCUGUGCCUAAGCCUCGAGCCAGCAUGAGGAAAUCAGCAGUGCCGCUCCCUCCCGAUAAUCGCUGUUGUAACUGUCACACCUGUACUACACACCGUCCCUCCUAUCUGCCGCUGCAAUCUGUUAGUCAAGGAGCUAAGUUGGAGCCCUCUGAAGUGGACCAAGACUCCCAGUCUCACGCCAGUGUGUCCUGGGUAGUGGAACCCAAGCAGGAUUCCAAGAGGACCCUCAGCACUAAGUAUGAGACUACUAUCUUCUGAAAACAAAUCCUGCAUCCAUCCAGUCUAACCGUGCCUUUGCAGUCUGAUCUGUCUCCUCUUCUAAACCUUCCCUUCCUCCCAUUGCUGGCACUAGGUGUGGCACCAUCAGAGGCAGCAACACUAGGAUACCAUAAACUAAACAUCUUUUUGUACCUGAUUUUUACUGAACACUGUGAAUUCUCCUAAUGGAAAAAGGGUAACUAAUUGAGAGAGCCACCUGUUUUAGAUCGUCUAAGAGGUGGGAGAAACAAAGUCUAUGAGAGUCGAAUAUGUGGAUUUUGGAAACCACCUGGUUUUCCUGGACGUUGUCUUCAUUUUGACACUGUGAAUUUGUGGGGUGCACCAACACUCCAUGGGCCUUUUUUAUUUAGCAUUCUUAUUCCUGGACUGUUCUACAACUUUGGUCUCACAUGUACAUUCUGUUGCAGUCUAGAUUAUACCUCCACCAUGAGCCAUGGCCACAAACUGUUCCAACAAGUAGCACUCUUUUACCUAUAAUCAGAAGACGCUAACCACUGUGAUACUACUAGCAAACCUCUUGCUCACCACACCCUAGCAUGGAUCCCGCUCACAAUCUUUGCUAUCCCUGGAUAUCUGAAUGCAUGGUAUAAUAUAAAAGUAUUCUAGGCAAUAUGACUGACUACUUCUAUUAAGCACUGUUUCUUUUUCUUAGGAUUCAGGCUUGAUAUAGAUACAAGAAUGUCCAACCAUUGUUUUCAGCUGUCCGUUGUAUUUCUUGCCAUCUUUUCUUAUUUACUACUUGGCUUUUUUAUUCAGAAUAACCAACUUGCUUGAAAAGGAUUUUAAAUGUUAUUUUCUGGACUGAUUAGAUUGAACAUUUUCAAAGGCACAUGCUGCUAAUCCUAAAUUAUGAGGAAAGACUGACACUAAGGGCCUCAUAUUGAAUUAAUCAAAAGUACAGAAAGAAAUGGGGUGGGGAAUUUUGCUGUAUUCAAACACAGUUCCCUUAUAAACGUAGCAUAAUUUUGUAUUGAGCGCAUUCCGUUAGAGCCUGCUCAUACUGAACUAUCAAAAUACUUACUAUUCAUCUACCUCCAGACAGGCCAGUAGCCUUUUCUAUUUGGCCCCACAUAUAUUUCAGAUACAAACUUUACUCAGCUCCUGAAACAAUGAUUGUAACUUUGGAAGUUAAAUUUUGCGUAAUGACCAGUUUUAGAAGUCAAGAUUAAGUGUGAAGUCUCGUUCUCGAAACAGUUACCUGUGAUACUGUUACAGAGUUGAAACAAACAUUUUACUGGACGAAGACCUGAGGAAAAUUUCAUGCCUGUUUGUUCUGAGAUAAAUGUUAGGGUCAGCUGUGAGACAAUUGUGGAUGAUGAGUGAGGUAAAGCCUGAUGUCUGCCCCUGUCCUUUUACUCGCUUUGAAGGGUGGGUUACACAGUUCCCCUCCUCUUUAAGUAUAGUUAUUCCAAGGAUAUCUUAGAUCUUGUUUCAUUAGAUUCAGUUACUAGCAGCUAAAUGUCUCAGCUUUUCUAGACUACUGCACAGUUCUGCUCACAUUUGGGAUUCCAGCAGAAACCUGAUCAUAAAUAAAUAAAAUCCUGUUAUGAGAUUCCCUCCAGUGGUCUCCCCAGAAGCUUGUUACAAGUUGAACAAAAUAGUUCUGUAUUUGAUACAUAUAUACUCAGUAAUUUAUCUUCUCCAAGAAUAUUUUUGAAAUGGAACCAUUAUUGUAAAUCAGAACUGUGGCCUCUUAACACAGAAAUCAGGACUCUAUAGACAUACACUAUGUUUAGCAAACAAGCAUAUACACGUUAUUUCUUUCAUUGUUCGUAAUGAACUAGGCUGCUAACCUUCUUUACUGGAUUAUGAAAACUGGAGAUACAUUGCCACAGUUUGAGAGGCAGUUUGAAAUAUCUUCGUAUUUUAUUUUUGUUCUCAAAUUGGAUGCCCCAACUUUCAAGGAACUUAGGAGCACAUAUUCUCUUCACCGGAAUAGUUUUUAAACCUAUAGGUAUCUCUUUAUCAGGCACCAAAACUCUUAAUAACAUCUGCAGGCAAUGUCAGUGCUCAGUUCUUCUGAAAAUGAGAUAAUGUAGCACAUGUGCCUUUUAAUGGUGUGCUUUCCAGCAAACAUCACAGCAGUUGGUUAUGAAUAGCAGAUUUCAGCCAUAUGGCUGACACAUAUAUAAAGCCAUAGGCCUAUCAACAUCUCCACUACUGUCAUCAUAAAGGUCCCUCAGCUGUGUUAUUUGAAUGAAAUCAUUCAGUUCCUAUUUUUCUUAUAAUUAAUAUUGUACCCCAUUCUGUUUGCCUUCUGCCAAGCUGAACUACAGACAUCCGCGUUGCACCAUGGAAAAUAUAGUAAAGGGGCAGAUCACUAUGAAGCAGUGGGACCCUGAUGGUGUGAAGAUCAAUACCGGGCUCUGGGAUGUGUCCUUGGAUGAUCAUUAAGGACUUCCAGAGUUGUGUGAAAAGGGAUUCCAGCCACAAGUGUACAAUAAAGUAAAAACAAAGAGUAUACGUUUCUAGUAGAAGUGAAACAUCUGAAGUUAAGAGACUUGAUGCCAUGUGCUAUAGAUUAAAGGGUUUUUUUUAAAAAAAAAUACAGUGGUACUGUAAGAUCCACAAUUUCAGCAUGGCAUUGAUAAUGGAGAGUCUUAUCUGAUAAAAGAAAAUACAAGAAUGUCUGCCUUAUAAUAUAGGGUGAGUGGAUGCCCCAAUGUUAAACAAUUCACUUCAACAAGUUCCCAAAAUUGCUGCAAUGUAAAUGUAUUUUGGAGGUACUGGCACCUAGUUUGAGAGCUGCAGUAAGCAUUUAAGUGGAGGAAAUUAUUGAAAUAUUUAACCCUGAGUGAUGGUUACUGAACAGAAACCUGAUACAAAUCUGUUUUCAGUGCAGAUAAUUGUAUCAUUGCAAUAUUUCUGUUGUGAAAGUAGCAUUUUCUCCGCAAGUUGUAUAUAUAGAUAACUGAGCUGUAGCUCCUUGCAUUUCAUUCAUACACCAUUUUUUUAAAAAAUGUGUUUGUGUCCUGAUGGUUUGACAUUUUUAAAGAAGUUUAUUCACAAAUAGCACUUUUAUACUAGUUCAUAAUUUAAGUAUGCUUAGUAUAGCAAUUUCAGAAUACAGAAAAUGUGGAGGUAUUUUGGGCAUUAUGUUAUAUCACUUGAUUUCUUAUUCUACUCCACUCAAGAAUGAUUGCUUCAAGUGGAAGCUGUGAGCAUAAUUGUGCUUCAUGUAAAGUAUCACAGUCUAAAACACUGGUUAUGCUUACGGCUGUGACGAGUGCAUCUCUCUGUACCCGAUCUAUGGGAAAGAUGAGGAAGUGCAAAUAAGUCUGUGGCAGAUAUGAUAGUUUGUGGUACCCUGCUACUGUGUUAAUAGCUUGUUUCAACUUUUCUUACUGCUGUAUCUUUAAGAUGUUAUUUAGUCUUAUUCCAGUUCAUGAAAAUGUAGGGGCAGAAACCAAAUUGGUUCCAAAAGGCUUGAAUUUGCAAAUGAUUAUUGGAUCAAUUUAAAAAUAUGACAUUCCUUUAUAUGAAUUUGUAACUGAUAUACUAUUGUUAAUAGAAUUUUUGCUGCACUGGUAAUUCUUUUCUGACAAUGAAAAAUGAAGUUUUGUUGUGAAGGAGGAAUCUUGGAACAUGGUGGAGAUGUAGAUGGUACAAUCUUCCAACAUGCUUCAUGAUCAGGUGCUUCCUACAAGUUUAGAUAGACCUAGUAAUAUUUUAACUUCAUCAUCUUCUUAUGCAUUCUUUUAAAAAAUCAAAGUCUUUCUGGACCUGACCUUUCUUAGGAAUUCUAGUUAUUUACAGCUUCCAAACAGUUUGAAAAUGUCAAGUGUUCAACUUCUUGCCUAUUUACAGGAUUUAUAGCACACUAAAAAAGUGCCCGAUAUUCCUGGCAUUAAACGUGUUUUAAAGUGUCCUCUGAAAAUGCAAUUCCUUUUUCUAGCACCAGCCUUUGAUAAAGUAGCAUCAUAUAUCUAUGCUACUUUUGCCACUGCUCCAUUUUUUCCUCCUUAUGAAAAAGAAACUUUAUUUUCUGUAAGCUUCUAUUUACCUUGUAUGGCUGCAGAAUAAGAACAUACUGUAGAUACUAUGUUGGAUAAAGGGUUGCUUAUUUCUUGAAUGGGAAAUCACAUUAUUAAAAUCAAAGUCAUAUAAUCUCUGUAUGUUUUACAUACUAUUGCUAACUCAUAGAAACUGGCCUUUAGACUUCCUUAGAUUAAAAGGAAAGUCUUAUUUGAUUUCAAAGUGCAUUACAAUUCUGCCCUUCUCCCUUCUGGAAAAUAAAUUCUAGAGCAGCUUAAGUGGUGACCUCUGCUGCCCUUGUAGACAACAUACUGAUAGGUACCCUACCUUUUAAAAUAAUUUCUCUUAUGAAACUAAAAUGGUUUGGGUGAUACUUCACUCUUACAUUGUCUCCUUUUGCAUGAUCGGUAUGAAUGUCUAUUAACAGGAUUUUCUUCUAUGCUUGCUCCGGAAAUGAGCAGGUAGAUUCUUGGUAACAGGCAUUUUGGUUUACAGUGUAGACACUUUUUGGCUAAUUGUGAUGUAUGGCAGUGGGACUGAUUUGUAAUAAAAAUGUUAUUUGAUCUGUCUUUGUAUUUUGAUACUUGAACUAUUUCCUUGUUAUUUCCUGUAUAUAAAAUUGUUUAUCUGUCCAUUUUUGUGGUACCAAACAUAACCAAUCUGUGCAACAACAUAGACUGACCUCACUACGACAAGGCGAGACUGUAAAUAUUCCUGGGCUUCCAGCAGUCGUUUUGUUGUUUGUUUUUCAUAAUUGUAUGACUUAGAACAGACUAAAUUAAUAAAAUUAGACAUCUCUGUA